AGUUCUGUGCCUUCGGCUUGACCUUUCGGAGAUUACCUACCUUACCUAGAGUACACACAUGCUUGCUACUUACGUCCAUUCAUGAUAGUGUGAGCUGCGGGCGGGCACAGCGACGACCGCGCGGGGAGAGAGGCGGCGGCAGGCGCGCGAUUGUAACUCGAACGCGCUCUCGUCAGUACGCUAUCUUUAUUCUAGCGUGCGCACGUAUUGCUACAGUGUAACCGUUAUAUUGUGGUGUAACGUUGUUGUAACGUUUGUGUAAGAAAAUAUAUAUAACGAUGACCCAGCUUGGAGGAGUGGUGACUCUGGGUGAACUUUUGGACGAGCAUGCCGAAGCGGAGGAAGAGAACGUGAUCUUGGAACGGGUGAAAGUUUUGGCUCAAGAGCAUCUCCCCGAUGGUUGGACGAACUGGGAGGUGACCACGGCAACGAAAGAGGAAGUCUUUGGGGAGAAAGUCGACCCAAAUAUACUAAACAAACUCGUAGUUGCUUUGCCUACCGUAGGGUUAGUUCGUGCCUUUAUACCGGAGGCGGAUCACCUGUCCGAAAAAAGGUAUAGGGAAAUUCGGCACAAGAUACUAGACUGGGCAUUUACACGUGCCCUUAUUAUAGGACCUCCUGCCAUCUCCAACCGCAUCCGCGGAUCUGCGGCGCGCACGGAAUACGUGAAACAGUCGGUUGCUGCGCUUAUGCCUCUUCUCCACACAAGAGCGGAGACAGAUAAAAUACUCUCAGGCUGUCUUUCGGAGACAGAAGAGACCAGUCAAAAGAGGAGGUCGACGUCUCGGGUCAAAGAGCCCGCGACACGUCGACCUAGGCUUGAGUCUCCGCCGUUCUCUACUGGGACGUCACUUCAGGAAGAAAGGUUUUGUGCAUUAGAGCAGAAAAUGGAAAUGCUCCUGGAGAUGGUCACUCAAAGCAGAGGCAGAAACAAAGAUUCGGACUCUGAUUCUGACAAGGAAAACGAUUUUUCCGAUGGCGAGGAAGAAGUAAGUUCGGACGCCUCGGACGCCCCAUCGUGGAAAGCCCCUACCUGGGGCCCAUAUCCAAACGAGCAACACGAGCGAAACGAAAAGGAGCUUGAGUUUCGACCCACGACUAAAGAAGCAGAUCCUCUUGUUCCGGAGCCGUCGUCGCAAGCCAAAAAGGAAGGCAUUGAAUGUCAAAGACUGGGCACUGAUAGCUGGAAUCGCAUCAGAUACAAGGACGUAGAGAAGCACUUACACGCCGCUUCGCCAUUUAGCCCGCUAAAAGUAAAUACAGAACUGGGUACUUUAGCCUCGCGGCUCUCUCCGUGGGUGACGAGGCAAGAAGGAAUUCUAGGCACAAUCACACACGGAUUGUUGCUCCAGCGCAAGGCGCUAGCAGACGGGCUCAAUGCCAUAAUUAAAAAAUGCCCAGACAUCAGCACGGACUUGAGACGGUUGGUGGAGGCAGAGGGCUCUAAGUUCAAAUUAGUGUCAGAUCAACUGCUACAAUAUGUUUGCGCUAAUAGGGCUGAAACCAUUGAGGUUCGUAGAAAAACUUUCAGGCCUAAAAAUGACGUCCUCACCAGCGCCCUCAACAACAUACCUCCUUCGCCAACCCACCUGUUUGAUGAAAAACUAUUUAGCGCGUUUAUUAAAGACAACGGUGGCACAUCGGGAAUUAUUGCCUCAUCUAAUUUAAAUAAAAAAGAAACUAUUCAUUCGUUUCGGAAGAACUCAUUUCGCAAAGCAUCUUCGCAUGCUUCCAAAAGCAAACAACCGACUGGUCGCGGUCACUCUUCAGCAGCGACCACCACCACGUCUACUCGCAGUGCAAACUACCGCCGAAGCGGAAACUCUAAGGCACCAAAUAAGCAUCCCGAUCGACACGGAAAGGAUAAGAAAUUACAAAGAGGUCGUAAGUACUGACAAUUUUCACGGGGGACAGUUGGAGAAAUUUCAAGCUCGGUGGCAGGAGUUAGGAGCUCCAAAGAAGAUUUUAAAAUUAUUACAGGCUAUACAAUACCCUUUGCAGCAAAACCACCUUCGAUUCCAUUGCGCGAAAAUUUAGGAAGGUUUUCCACAAACCUGUCCCCUGCUAUGUCCAAGGAGAUAGAGAUAUUGCUCAAGUCAGGUGUGGUAGAGAAUUGCGAGGUUGCGAACGGGUUCCUAUCAAGAAUAUUUCUAAUACCCAAGAGAAACGGAAAGCUACGGCAAAUCUUCGAUUUACGACGCUUGAACCAAUUUCUCAAACCCCCGAAAUUUCGUCUGAUAAAUCAAAGUCAAGUUCCAAAUUUUAUGCAAGAAGGAGAUUAUCUCGGAAAGCUAGAUAUCAGCCAAGCCUAUUUUCAUAUCCCAGUGAAAAAGAGUCAUCGAAGAUUCCUUGCGUUCGCUUACGCGAAUCGGGUUUAUCAAAUGACAUCUUUACCUUUCGGCCUGUCCACUGCACCAAUAGCCUUUUCCAGUGUCAGCAAGUGGGUAGCAAGUUUUCUGAGAGAAAAGGGUCUUCGCGUUCUAGUCUACUUGGACGACUUCCUAUUUGCACACAAAACCCAAACACGCU